ACAAUAGUGAGCCAUCAAAGUUCUCUCAGUUUAGUGAUUGAUUGAGUCAUUCAUAUGUGUUGGGAGUGUCUCUUGCCUGACUUGAAGGCUGUAGAUGGAUUGACACAGUGCAACAUUACCCGUAUCUCAUUACCCAGAAAGCUGCCUGAGACUGCUCUAAACUCAUCAUGCCAUUCCCAUCAGAAACUCUACAGUGGAUCCCGGUAGGCUGGAUACCCCAGUCAGGUGAUAAAACCUGUCAGGAUUUGGCUCUGCUGGGCCCUCUAGUCCUGCUUUACUCAUAGGUUUUGCAUUCCAGCUAAUCACAGUCUCACUAAUCUACUGAAAGCUCACAUAGCUGUUUCCUGUCACCUACAGGCUUUGCUACCUCCCACUCUGCUUCUUACCCCAUCACGUGGCUAACCCGGUCUAUACGCUCCAUAUUCCAGUUCAUUUAGUCAUGCAUUUAUUUAUUCAGCAAAUACUUUUCCGGUGCCAACCACAAACCAUUGCUUGGCUCUAGGUGAGAAGAUAUAGCCAUAUGUGUAAACAAGGGGUGGGUGCAGUGAAGAAACCGUCGUAAGCUUUUAAUACACUUGUCACAGCUGCCAAAGCUGCAGGUCCUCCUGGGCUACAGCACCUGGAACUGAGCUCACACCCCAAGACACACCCCUUGAGAAUCUAUACCCUUUGUUGGGUGUACCCCUCUUAGGGUGAACUAGGGGUGAAACCUCCUUACUGACACAGAUGAGUCACAAGAUUGUCCUUUCUCCUGGUCUUCAGGGAAGGGACAGAACUUGCCUUGAGAAUUGUUAGUCACAAUUUUAUUCAACCGGGUUUGGUUUAUAGUCAUCUGAGUAACCCAGGAGCACUAAACCAAGAAAUGAACAUGUCUGGAGGGCAAAUUUGUUGAAUGAGGGUGUGUAUUAUUUGCUUUGGGCUGCUGAGGCCAUGGUGUUCUCUUUACAUGGGAAAGUGGACAUUGGAGUACAUGCACAGCUCACGUGUGCCCUCAGCAAUGAAUUUGUAUGCAGAGCCCCACUGAACUGUUUGCUGUCCUUGCAGACGUCAUGGAAGAAGUGUCAGCAUGCUCCCUCAACAGCACUCUGUUCCAGCAGGAAGACCAGAAAGGGGUCAUCUACCGAAUCCCAGCGCUGCUCUACAUACCUCCCAGCCACACCUUCCUGGCCUUUGCAGAGAAGCGUUCCACAAGCAAUGACGUAGAUGCUCUCUACCUGGUGGUCAGGCGAGGGGUGAUGAAGGGCCGCUCUGUACAGUGGGGACCCCUGCAGCCACUGAUGGAAGCCACAUUGCCUGGGCAUCGGACCAUGAACCCCUGCCCUGUGUGGGAGCAGAGGACUGGCCGUGUGUUCCUGUUUUUCAUCUGUGUUCUGGAUCACGUUACUGAACGUCAGCAGAUUAUGUCAGGCAAGAAUGCCACCCGUCUUUGCUUCCUGUGCAGUCAGGAUGCUGGGUGCUCGUGGGGUGAAGUGAAGGACUUGACUGAGGAGGUCAUCGGCUCAGAGGUGAAGCACUGGGCCACAUUUGCUGUGGGCCCAGGCCAUGGCAUCCAGCUGCAGUCAGGGAGGCUCAUCAUUCCCGCCUAUGCCUACUAUUUCUCACGCCGGUUCCUCUGCUUCCCAUGUUCAGUAAAGCCCCAUUCCCUGAUGAUCUACAGUGAUGACUUAGGAGUCACAUGGCACCAUGGCAAGCUCAUUGGGCCCCAGGUGACAGGGGAGUGCCAAGUGGCAGAAGUGACUGGAAGGACUGGUAACCUUGUGCUCUACUGCAAUGCUCGGACACCAAACAGAUUCCGAGCAGAAUCUUUUAGCACUGAUUAUGGUGACUGCUUUCAGAAACCAACCCUGAACACUCAACUCUGUGAGCCCCACUCUGGCUGCCAAGGCAGUAUAGUGAGCUUCCAGCCCUUGAAGAUGGCACACUCUCAAGACCCAAGUGGUAAAGCUGCUCCCACUACUCAGAAGAGCCCUCUGCUGGACAGUUCUCUGGAGCAGGAGAAAGGAAUUGGAACACCUUCAGACACAUGGCUCUUGUACUCACAUCCAACUAGCAAGAAGCGGAGAAUUAACCUGGGCAUCUACUACAACCGGAACCCCUUGGAGGUGACGGGCUGGUCCCGCCCCUGGAUCUUGCACUGUGGGCCCUGUGGCUACUCUGAUCUGGCUGUUGUGGAAGAGCAGGGCUUAUUUGCAUGUUUGUUUGAAUGUGGGCAGGAGCAUGAGUGUGAGCAGAUUGCCUUCCGUCUGUUUUCAGACCAAGAGACUUUGAGCUGUGAAGACUGCACUGGUCCUAGUAGGGACUAAAGCCAAAUCAGGACUGGUGGGUGAGGACCAAACUUUCCACAGAAGGAAUGGCAACUGCAGCUGGGAUAACUCAGGUCACUGAUGUCUACAGAAAAAUCUAAAAACUAAUACUUUGCUUCUUGUAUUUUUCACGUUUCCCUUUCCAAUGAGCCUAGAAAAAAUUGUGCCUUAUCUUACACAGCAAUAAGGGUGUUGAACUGGGAGUUUGGAGACCGUGGUGUGGUUUUGGCUCUGCUGUUGGCUUGCUUUAGGACGGUGGCCCUGAACUCUGAGCAUCAGGUCUCCGUUUGUAAAAUGAGAAGGUUGGUUUGUGAUUUCUUGCUUUCCCAUUAAAAGGAGUGCUUACUUCCUGUCCCACAAACCCUGGAUUCUGAUCUUGAGUGAAAGCCAGAGACUCACUGCUCACCUGAGUAUGAAGUGACAUAUAGGUGCUUUGGCCAGAAAGAUCUGCAUUGUUGUUUUUAAUAAGGAAAAUGUCCUUAUCCUUCUAAUCAUGCCCGGAGCUCUGCAUGUUCUCUAUCCUGAAGAACUGAGAGCAGAACUGCGAAGUCGCUGCUUUCCCCAGCAUUGCUGCUGUGUUCAACCUCCCCUUCCUCCUCCAGACAACAUUUCCCAGGGCAGAAAAUGAGAGACUCCGGCCAGCAGCCCUUGAUAGUGGUGCUUAUUGCUUUUGAUACCAUUACCUCCAUUAAAGAUGAAUCCCAGGACACUGAAA